AUUAGCAACACACAGACGCUUGUUUUGACUUGACUGUCAUGUAGAUGUCUUCGCUCUGUUUGCACUGUCUCACCUGUUGAUUCCGUUUUAGAUAAGGUCCAUUGCAAGAUUUCAAGAACACUGGAUUUGUAGGGAUGCAUUCUCAGCAUGACGGUGCGGACAGUGACAGCGAUUGGGACAGUACGUUAGACUUCACCUCCCCGCGUCAAACAGGGCCACACCAAACUCCUCACAUACAAUUGACAGAAGAGGAAGACAAUGAUGACUACAGUCGGAACGAAUCUGUCAUAUCCAACAAGGACAGACCAAAACCCAAAGAAAGAAUUCCAGUGCCAGCCAACCAGCCAGUGCCUCCUGUGAAAGAUGACGAGGACGCAUCUGUAAAUAGUAACCUGUACGCCACUGUUCAAAAGGGAAAAAAUGGUAACAGGUCAAAUCAGGGAACUCCUCGGAGCUCCAGGGCUGCUCUUGGAGAAAGGGAUGGAGACCCCCCUCCUUAUAACUUCAGGGGAGCUCUAAAUGGAGCAAUUACCCCGGACAAACAGCGCACUGCGCAACCACCUGGGAGAGACCAAAAGGAGGGUUUAUAUGAUACUGUUGCUUUUGAAAGAGCGCCAAGCCCCCAUCCUGCUCCAAGCCCUGCUGGUAAACGUGCAUUGGAAAAACCAUCGGAUAGCAUCAAUAGCAUGGGAUCAUGGGAUGACUCCGACCAAGAUGAGAGGACUUUGAGAGAACUUAGAGAGAAUUUUCGGCAGGAAAAACAGAAAGAACAGCAGGCAGAGGAUCUGAAGCUCAAAUUGCAGCGAGAAGCUGAAUUAGAGAAACUAGACGAAGGACAGAUGACCAACAGGUCAGAAGCUACAUGGAAAAGCUGGGCUAGUGGUGGGCGUGGCAAGAAAAAGAACCCAGCAUCCAGUCGAAAUAAAGCCAUGAAGUCGGAGUCAGCUGCAGCUGUGACGAGGGAACACAGAAUUGCACUUAAAGCUGAAACACCUCGAACAAAUCGGGAGGUAGCAUUGGCUGUAGGUCAAGGUCAAGUAAUAGAGCCAAAGUUCAUAAAAGCAGAGACUCAGCCCGAAUCUAGAAUUGAGGCAGUAUCUCCUGCUAAAGACAUCGCCAUGGAAUCUCCAGCCUACAUUGAUCCUCCUUUCAUUGUGAAAGAUGAGGACGGAAGGAGUGUGUAUUACUUUGGCCAUGGCAGUCUGCAGUAUUACGAAGUGGAGGAUGACGCAAGUGCAGCAUUCAUGCCAAGAAUUGCAGAAAAAGCUGAAAUUGUUUUACAACGAAUCUAUCAAGAGUUUUUCGGAUUACUGCGUAUCAUAACAAGUGUUGUUAUUUUGUUGAUUGUUGAACUUAUGAAGUAUAUCAUAAAGUAUAUCAUACAACCACUGAUUGUAGGGGUAUUCGGUACUAUGGGUGACUACAUAGCCAAACCUGUAUUUUCAUUAGCUUUUAACGGCUUUGUGCAUCCAUUUGGAGUGUUUAUGUGGAACUGCUUCAUGACUUUGCGACACAUGUUCAGUCCAAUCAGUGAGAUUCUGAGAAAAGUAUUUAUACAACUGGCGAUGCUGUGUCGCUCAAUACGCUGUGUAGAGAUUCACUGGAAAACAAAUCGCUCCGAGGAGAGGAUCACAGACCUAACCCAAGUUUAGCAAGAAAACAUUUCAGGUUGUGCUCAUUUUAUCCAUUAACUUAUAUAAUUAAUCACCCCUUAAAUUUCAUAACGAACUAUUCCAACCUUUGAAUUGAAAGAGUUCAAACGUGUCGUCAGGGAUUAAUGAGUUAAAUAUGUUUAGAGUACCCCAUUAUUUUAAUCACAAUUUGUAACUAUGUACUAUGUACAUUCAUUAGUCAUUGGUAUCUGCCAAACUGUUCUGACCUUACUUAAUUCUUUGUGAGACAAGUCCUAGCUAACUUCCAUAGAAGAAGGAUGACAGGCUGGGUAAGAACAUAUUGGUUGUCAUAUAGUAAGGUUCUUCUACUUCACUGGCGAGAAUCAAAUUUUGUAUCAUAUAACAUAUUAUGUACCACGUGAUAUACACAUAUCUAUAUAUAUAUAUGUUUAGACUUGAAACACAUCUUCCAUACACUUAUCAUUAUAGAGUGACGUGUCAUAAGUCAUUCACGAUACAUAUGUUAUCCCAGGGAAAUGUUAUGUUAAUUCAUCUUUUUUCCAUAAGUUUCCUUAUUUUUUUUCUUACCAUUUUCAUGAACAAUUUCCACACGACUGAAAAGCUAUGUAAAUAUAAACAACAGAAGUGGUGGAUAAUUUUCUAGAUGUGUAUUGAGUUUCAUCACAAUUGAUUAAAAAUCAAGGCAAGAAUUAAAAAAAAAUAACAUAGAACUUGAUUGCAAAAUAAGAUGACAUGAAAACUUUAUGACACGUCAUUGUGUAAUUAUUAGUAUUUGCUUGUUGAUAUAUAUUUCAUACUAUGCAAUACAGGUGCACGUAUUUUUUUCUCUUUGUUUUAUUAAACAUGUAUGGCUAAACAAGGUUUGCAUAUACAGUAAAACCUCGAUAUAUUGCCAGUAGUUGAGUGAAAUAUUGGCAUUUUAAAGGAAUUUGGCGAUAUUUAUCGAGGAAGACUUCAAAUGAAUUGUUAAGAAUAAAGAAAAAAGAACAUUUUAAUGUUUUGGCGGUAACCAAGAUCGAAAAUGAAAGGUGAUGCAUAAUAUUGAGAUUUUCAUGUUAUUUUAAGGUAAGCAAUAUAAGCAACAUAUUGAAAUGUUAUCGUAUUUAUUUUUUUAUUUUCCGAACGGCAAUACGGUGAAUCAAUGUGAUAUACAUGUACUUAUAUUUUUUCAUGUUACAUAUGAUCAAACAAACUUUUUUA